AGAGACUACGCAGAAUUGUGGAAAAGGCGGGAGUGAUAUUUAUUGGUUGUCUUUGUUUACAUGUGACUUAGUGUAUAACUUGUGAUGUGCCGUUUUCAUCAACUGAAUUUUGAACAUCUUCUGUUUGUAAAAACGAGCAGAAAUAGAAGUCAUUCUGCUUCGCAAGACGCUACGUGAGAAGCCCAGUUUUAAUGUGACACUCGUUUAACCUUACACCUAUUUAAAAAAAUGAGUAAAGAAUAUCGAACAAGAUCAAAGAAGAUCCAAAGAGUAACGGAAAACUUCAGUGGCAUUUCACUGUCUCAACCUAGUACAAGCAGCCAUGCUAGCCAAUUAUUGGAACUUGAUGAAAGACCCAUAUCCAGAAGAUCACAAAGAUCACAGUCACAAAGAUCACAGUUACAAAAAUCACAGUCACAAAUCAUGCAGAAACAAGAAAAUAUGCAGACAGUUAGUGGUGUAAUAAAAUAUCUGUUCAUGGCAGGUCGAAAUAAACAGCCUAUUUCGAGGGCCCAUAUCUUUAAAAACACUCUACUUAAUCCUAAGGACUAUCAGCUAAUUAUGGCAGAAGUAGAGGCACAAUUAUCUAAGGUGUUUGGAUACAAGCUGCUGAUAGUUGAGGGCAAUAAAUACAUAAUGGUAAACGAAAUAUCCAAUGAACUUCCACAUCUCAAUUCCAAGAAAAGUUCCAGUACACAAACGCUGUUGUUUCUUGUGCUUGUGCAUAUUUUCAUGCUUGGUGAAUCAUGCAAAGAAGACUUACUGUGGGAUUUCCUUUGCAAUUUGGGCAUUAUAACUCGAGAUGACUACACACACGAAUACUUUGGUGACGUUAAGCAGUUGGUGACAGUUGAUUUCGUCAACCAGAGAUACCUCGAGAAAAUAAUAAUAGAUAAAGAUGACCCGACAAAGUUGGAGUACAAGUGGGGCUCGCGUGCAUUACAUGAGAUCACAUUUCGUUCCGCUUUGGAAUUUGUUGCAAACGUAUACGGCGCAUCUUCCCUAAAUAAAUGGAAGUUACAAUACAAAAUUGUGAAGGAGCAAGAAUGUAAAAACUAGAAGAGUUGAAAUAAUAGGAAACCGAUAUAUGUUCGAAGAAUGUCGCGUAUAAUAUUUUUCCACACAAUAAAUGUAUGUAUCUGUUUUUUCAUUUCUAACCACAAAAGCAUUGAAAAGACUGCAUUGCAAUGAAGGCGUGUAAUUUAUAAAAUAUACAAUGUAAGAAUUUAUAUAUACAUAAUAUAGUAUAUAUAAUAACGACGGUUAACGAUUAUAUUUGUAGUGGAUUUUAUAUAUUUUAGUAGAUAUACUAAAUA